AUGGCUGCUCACAUUAGCCAAGGAUGGAGCUGGUUUCUCGCCCUGGCUUGUGGAGUUUCCUUCCUGAAAUGUCUUCUAAUAAAUUCAUACCACUCUACAGAUUUCGAGGUACAUCGGAACUGGCUGGCCAUCACUCACUCAUUGCCGGUUUCAAAGUGGUAUUAUGAGGCCACGUCUGAAUGGACGCUGGAUUAUCCUCCCCUGUUUGCUUGGUUUGAGUUUGGACUGUCACACAUCGCCAAGUACUUUGAUCCACAGAUGCUGGUUGUGCAGAAUCUGAAUUAUGCAAGUCCAGCCACAGUAUUGUUCCAGAGACUUUCCGUCAUUGUGACUGACCUGAUCUUCAUAUAUGCUGUUAAAGAAUGCUGCAAAUGUGUUCGGGAAGACAAAGGAAAGGAUCUUUUGGGAAAGCCCUCUUUCAUCCUGGCAACGCUGCUGUUAUGGAACUUUGGACUCCUUAUUGUUGAUCAUAUUCAUUUCCAGUAUAACGGCUUUCUUUUUGGAAUUCUUCUGCUGUCUGCUGCAAGACAUUUUCAGAACAGACAUUUAGAAGGAGCUUUACUGUUUUCGGUUCUGUUAAACCUGAAGCACAUUUACCUGUACAUCGCUCCUGCUUAUGGAAUCUUCCUGCUCAGGUGUUACUGCUUCACACACAGUAAUGCAGACGGUUCAGUGCAGUGGAGGAGUUUCAGCAUUUUCCGUUUAGUAGCGCUGGGUGUAAUUGUUCUGUCCACCUUUGCUUUGUCAUUUCUACCCUUCAUUCUACUGGGGCAGGUUCCACAGGUCCUCUCCAGACUCUUCCCCUUUAAGCGUGGGUUAUGUCAUGCUUACUGGGCACCCAAUAUCUGGGCUCUUUACAACAUAGCAGACAAAGCUCUGUCCAUGCUGGGUUUAAAACUGGGGCUGCUCGACCAGACGAAAUUCACCAAGGCCUCAAUGACCGGUGGUUUGGUUCAGGAAUUCCAGCACUCGGUUCUUCCCUCCGUGUCUCCUGUAGUGACACUUGUUUGUACACUACUGUCCAUUUUGCCUGUUCUGUUCUGCAUGUGGCGCAGACCUAACGGAGCCAGGGGUUUUCUGCGCUGCAUGGUCAUUUGUGCUCUCGGAUCGUUCAUGUUCGGUUGGCACGUGCACGAGAAAGCUAUUUUAAUGGCUAUUCUUCCAUUUAGCUUGCUUGCCGUCGAGAGUAAAGAGGACGCCCGAACGUUUCUGAUUCUGAGCACCACAGGGCAUUUCUCCCUUCUUCCACUUCUCUUUACAGCUCAGGAGUUGCCCAUCAAAAUUAUUAUUAUGCUGCUGUUCACAGUCUUCAGUUUCUCCUCACUGAACAAGCUUUUUAGUAAAUCGGGUUGCUUGCUGAACCCAGUGGAAUGUGUGUAUCUUCUGGGUCUGGUACCUCUGGAGAUCAUCUGUGAGUUUGUUUACCCGCUGACUCGCUGGCAGCUCACACUGCCCUUCAUCCCACUGCUCCUGACCUCAGUCUACUGUGCACUGGGUGUGGUUUACUGCUUCAUCAGACUCUAUAUGUCAGUGUUUACUUCACUCAGGACUGGCAGCAAAGCUAAAUCUCAGUGAGGCAGGGUGGUCGAUGCAGUGUGAGCUCGUAUAUGCAGUGGUACUGGACACUAUUUUGGUGCUCAUAAUUUUUCUACUGUAUGUGGUAUUUUUAAUUAAAGAAAGAAAUUUUUCAGAUUA